AUGGCUGUUGGUAAGAACAAGAGAUUGUCCAAGGGUAAGAAGGGUUUGAAGAAGAGAGUUGUCGACCCAUUCACCAGAAAGGAAUGGUACGAUAUCAAGGCCCCAUCCACCUUUGAAAACAGAAAUGUUGGUAAGACUUUGGUCAACAAGUCUGUUGGUUUGAAGAACGCUUCCGAUUCUUUGAAGGGUCGUGUUGUCGAAGUCUGUUUGGCCGACUUGCAAGGUUCUGAAGACCACUCUUUCAGAAAGGUCAAGUUGAGAGUUGACGAAGUCCAAGGUAAGAACUUGUUGACCAACUUCCACGGUAUGGAUUUCACCACUGAUAAGUUGAGAUCUAUGGUUAGAAAAUGGCAAACUUUGAUUGAAGCCAAUGUUACCGUUAAGACCUCUGACGAUUACGUUUUGAGAAUCUUCGCUAUUGCCUUCACCAGAAAACAAGCUAACCAAGUCAAGAGAACUUCUUACGCUCAAUCUUCUCACAUCAGACAAAUCAGAAAGGUUAUUUCUGAAAUCUUGACCAGAGAAGUUCAAAACUCCACUUUGGCUCAAUUGACUUCCAAGUUGAUUCCAGAAGUUAUUAACAAGGAAAUUGAAAACGCUACCAAGGAUAUCUUCCCAUUGCAAAACGUCCACAUCAGAAAGGUCAAGUUGUUGAAACAACCAAAAUUCGAUUUGGGUUCCUUGUUGUCCUUGCACGGUGAAGCUUCUGCUGAAGAAAAAGGUAAGAAGGUUGCUGGUUUCAAGGAUGAAAUCUUGGAAACUGUGUAA